GCAGUGCGCCACAAGAGGCGCAAGCACGUAGCAGUGCUGCCCGGCUUGCCACGAGGACGCUUUCAGCGGCAUCCCCUGGCGAAGGUGGCCCCCGUCGCUGUACCGAAGCACUUCGGCGGCAGCGCACUCCUUGCUGCUGAGAACGUCGUUUGCAACAACCUCGGGGGCCAGGGCCCUGGAGACUCAGAUGAGCCCCCGGAGCUGCGCUUCCGCCGUGCCGGCUUCGUGGGGGACCGGCCUGUCGACGUGGUGAUUCAA